AUGCUUACACGACGAACAGCCUACUAUGCCAGAACCAAGGGCCGGACGCAGGAAAUCCCCCCCGACGGCAGCCGGACUCCCCUCUCGGCCUCCGGCGCCCGGUCGCCGCUGCCGCCCCGGGCACCCCUCGCCCAACAAGUCUCAUCACGCUCCCUGCCCGACCUGAGCGCCGACGUCCGCGCCGCCCUCUCGGCGCCCAAGCACGACGACGUCACAUACCGCCACAGCAUCUGGACCCGCUGCCGGUGCUGCGGCCCCGGGCGCGGCCCCUUGGCGCUGCUGCGCCGCGUCGUCCUUGUCCCGCUCGCCGACGCCCUGCAGUUUCUCGAGGAGGCCUCCGUGUCCGUGCCGCCCAUUAUCCCCGCGCUGCUGGCCGCGCUGUUCCUGAUGGUGGCGCUGCCGCUGCUGAUUGCGUGGGACUAUUUGUGA